AUGAUCCUUCGCCCAAUCCAUCUCCGUCCCGCGAAGGGAUCCUUCCUGCAGCGACUCUCCCUCAGACAGCCUCUCGUACAUCGCUCCUUCCACGCCUCUUCGCUUCGCCGCCAGGCCGGACUCCCUGAUCAUUAUGCCACUCUGGGUAUAGACACGACUGCUUCUGCUGGAGACAUCAAAAAGUUACAGUUCUUCCAGCUGAGCAAGAAACACCACCCCGAUCACAACCCCAACGACCCAAAAGCCGCCGAUCGUUUCGUCAAAAUCUCAGAGGCCUACCACGUCCUAGGCAGCGCCGACAAGCGAGCGACCUACGACCGCGACUUCCUCCGCGCCUCACAUCCUUCUUCCCAUCCUCAAGGCUCUCACAGCAGCAGUAGCGGCCCCGCGGGAGGACGUCCAGCCACAGGCCUGAGUCGACGACGCACACAGUUCAAAGGCCCACCUCCUUCUUUCUACCGCAGUGGUGGCUGGGGCAACUUCAGCCAAAAGCGAUCAGAAUAUGCCUCGCAGGAAUCACAUCAGCACGAAGCUGCCGGCAGUACCGACAGCAGUAGUGCGCAGGACGCUCCCGGCACCGGUCCUUCUGGCUACCAGGCCGGCUUCAACAACGAUGUGCCGCACUGGGAUCGCGAGGGCCACUUCCGCACCCACGACAAUGUCAUGAAGAACAGACACAAGGCGAGGCGGCGAUCCGGUCAAGUCAGCACAGAUGAUAUCCUCAACAACACAAGCAUGCUGUUCAACUUUGUCCUCUUGAGCGGAGUCUUGACCGUCAUCUUUGGUGUUAGCGGCAUCUUGUUCAGAAAAAACGACGACAAGAAGAAGCUCGCUGCUUGA